AAUUUGAGGCCAAGAUCACCAGCUCCAGCUGUUUAGGGAGCUGCUGCUGCUAAACACUGUAUCCUUCGUUCCUACCUCCUUCCCAUCUCUUCGUAGUAUUUUUGGUUUCAACUAAAGGGCAACGCUUUUCAGCCAGCAUUGGUUCUAUCCAGAUAGAAUCAUGUUUACAGUUAUACCUCGGAGUGUCCACUGCGGCACUGUGAAAUGCUUGAGACAAGCCAGCCCGCUGCUCGCUUCUCUGAAGCUCAAUAUCAUUCCAGUAACCGCACUAGACCACAAAACUUACCAUGAGGUAACUGGUGAUGAGAUUUGCCCUUCAAUGGUGCGAGGUAUCGACCACAUCAAAGAUCCCAGACUCAACAAGGGUUUAGCGUUCACAUUAGAAGAACGCCAACAGCUUGGAAUUCAUGGACUCAUGCCUCCCAAAUUCAAAUCGCAAGAAGAACAGCUGGAAGUGUGUAAAUACAGUCUUCUCAAAUACCAGGAACCUUUAAAUCGAUACUUAUAUCUAGCAGAACUCCAGGAUCGUAAUGAACGACUCUUUUUCCGACUGUUGUCGGAAAAUGUAGAAUUACUGAUGCCGAUCGUCUACACUCCGACUGUGGGUCUGGCCUGUCAGAAGUUCGGUCUCAUCUACAGACGACCAAGAGGCGUGUUCCUCACAAUACACGACAAGGGCCACAUCUACGAUGUCCUCAAGAACUGGCCGGAGCCAGACGUGCGAGCGAUCUGUGUGACGGACGGAGAGCGCAUCCUCGGUCUGGGAGACCUCGGCGCCUGCGGAAUGGGCAUUCCAGUCGGCAAGCUAGCCCUCUACACCGCGCUCGCCGGCAUUAAGCCGCACCAGUGUCUUCCAAUCACUAUUGACGUUGGAACCAACAACGAAAAACUUCUUGAAGAUCCACUGUACAUUGGAUUGAGGCAAAAGCGAACGAUUGGACCUGAGUAUGAUGCUCUAAUCGAUGAAUUCAUGGAAGCAGUUGUAAAACUUUAUGGCCAGAACACUCUUAUCCAGUUUGAAGAUUUUGGCAACCACAACGCCUUCAGAUUCUUGGACAAAUACAGAGAAAAGUACUGUACCUUUAAUGACGACAUCCAGGGCACGGCUUCUGUAGCUGUCGCUGGUCUGUUCGCUGCCCGCCGCAUCACCGGCUGCCGCAUUUCAGAAAGUAAAUUCCUCUUUUUGGGAGCUGGAGAGGCUGCGAUUGGUAUUGCUGAUCUGUGUGUUCGAGCUAUGCAGACUGAAGGCACCUCUAUUCAGGAUGCAAGAGACAAGAUCUGGAUGAUGGACAUUGAUGGACUUCUAGUCAAAGAUCGUCCUGAGGGCCGUUUGGAAGAUAUUGAAAAUCCUCAUGCCUAUUCUAUAGAUGGCCCAAGAGCAUACCAAGGUCAUAAAAAGUUCUAUGCCAAGAACCAUAAAGUAAUGAAAGAUAUUUUGGAGGUAAUCAAGGAAGUCAAGCCCAGUGUUCUUAUUGGUGCAUCGGCUACUGGUGGUCUUUUCACACCUGAAAUCCUGCGAGAAAUGGCCAACAACAAUGAGAGGCCGAUCAUCUUCGCCCUCAGCAAUCCCACAGACAGAGCUGAGUGCACAGCUGAGCAAGCCUACGUCAACACUGAUGGACGUUGUGUAUUCUCCAGUGGAUCACCUUUUGGAACCGUGGAAUAUAAGGGCCGAAAAUUUAAUCCCGGUCAAGGAAACAACGCCUACAUUUUCCCUGGUGUGGCGCUGGGAGUGAUUUGCACUGGCAUUCAUCACAUCAGUGAAGAACUCUUCUUGAUCGCUGCUCAGUCUGUGGCAGAUUUCGUUGAGGACGAGGAUAUCGAGCGUGGCAGUUUGUAUCCUCCUCUAUCCAAAGUGAAAGAGUGCUCUCUCGAAAUUGCAACACGUAUUGCCCAGUAUGCUUAUGAUAAAGGCCUUGCUUCGCAUUACCCAGAGCCACAAGACAAGAAGGCAUUCAUCCAGAAGCAUAUGUUCGACUAUUUCUACGAUUGCCCCCUGCCCAAGAUGUAUUCUUGGCCAAAGCAAGUAGAACCUAAACUAAAUGUAGACAAAAUUACUGGAGAACACCUCAAAGAGGAUGUUCCUGUGAAAGCUUAAUUGCAUCGGUUAGAGAAGGGCGUGAUUCUAGUCAGUUGACAGCUGUUGAGUUGAGCUGAGCUGAGUCUUGAGUUAAGCUUGGCGCUGACCAGAAUUUGUAGGUGUAAACAUUGUUUGAAUCGUUUCACAACGAUUGCCUCACAGCUAGUGUGGAAACUGUUUUUUAAUAAAAGAGCUUGGUAACAACAGUAUUCUAAUCUUCACAGCCAUAAGAAGUUGGGCAUUUUAAUUUUGAAGCGAAACGGUGGUUCAGCCAGAUUUUUAAACUCAAACUGACUUAUUUGUACGUAAAUGACACUCAACCAAAAUUGAAUUCAAAGUUUUAUUCAAUUUUCACGAAAAAUCAAAGCAAUAGAAUUUCAAGUUAGUGAUACCACUAUUGUAAGCACUUGACUCAUGCUGAACGUCUUUUCUUUUUCCUAUUUAUUAGAGAGCGAUGGCUGUGAAGUGAAAUGUUACUUAUAUAUUUAUUUAUUUUAUGUAUUGUUGAUUGCGAAAAGUUGAAUAAUUAUCCGUUAUUAGAAUAUCAAACGGUAUGAAACUGAAAAUACAAAGAAUCUUGCUAUUGUAUCCUGUAUGAGUGCUACUUCUCGGAUUCUCAGCCCGGUGAUGAGGUUCAUUUUUCAGUAUUACUAUUGAAGGUAAACUGCUUUUUUAAUUUAUCUGCUUUAACAUUUUCGCCAUGCAGUUUUUAUCAGUAUUUUCUGUCGUCCGGACUUUCAUUCAAUUUAUUUAUUAUUCUAUUCAUAACACUAUUUCCAGUCAUUCGACCGAAAUUAAUCUGUGGUUAAUAACGAUAGUAUUUUUUUGUCAUCAUUAUCUAUUGGCAAUCGAAGCAAUAUUGUAAUUUAGUGAAUUAUUAUCAUCAUUACCUGUGUAAACAUAUUAUUACUGUACUAUGUUUUUUUUAUUAUAUAAUAGUUCGAUCUUAAUCAGCUAAUAGAUAUGCUUAUGUAAAGUAUUAUUUCAUCUUCAAAAAUAAGUGUCGGUAAUCUAACUUUAAUACAAUAGAUUUGUAUUACUUGCGACCAAUAUGCUAAGAUUAGAAAAGAUUGAGAUGUAACACUAACUGUGUUGGUGCGUUUGUGAUGUAUUAUUACCUAAAAUUAUUGUUGGAUCAUGCAAACAUGAUAUAAAUUUCUGUUUUGAAUUCUAGACUAACUAUCAAUCUACUAUUUCUGAAUAACAGAAAUAACUUUUCUCUAAUGUCAGCUGUAAUACUGGUUAUACAGUAACUUCUCUUCUUCUGCAAAUUCGAAUCUAAACUAAAACGUAAGCAGUUAUCAAAGUCGACUCAUGAAGAUUGUUUUCAGUGUCCUAUCAAACCUCAAAGCUUAUAAUCUUGAUCAGUUUAACCAAUAAUUAUUUUUUAUAAAUGGGUCGAUUUUUGUCUUAGAGAAAAGUAUUGAAUGGUUGUCCAUUGUCUUCAAUGGUUGUCUUUGAAUCAAGUUACCUAGAUUGGUAGGCAAAAUGUAUUUUUUUGUCCAUAAUAACCAUUGUCAGAUACACCUUUCACAUACUUAUGUGAAGCAAGCCCAUUGUGUUUCUAACGAUGUUUAUUAUGACAUUUUUGAAAGCUUGAGUAUAACAGUAAAUCUUGGUAGAAUUAUCGUCUAUAAUACUGUUGUAUUCCCUAUAACAUGAGUACUUUCUAACUGUAUUCAGAUACUGUGUUCAGACAUUGAAUUUCAUUCUCAAUGUCGGUAUUAGGUUAAUAAAAUCUGUAAUAUAGAUUCAAUUUUUCAUUUUUUUCAACUGAAUUUCAUGAAACUUACAAAAUAUUGGGUGAUAUUCAUUUUUGAUUUUAGCAGUCAGUAAAAACUCCAGUGAUAUUUUAGUUCCAUAAUUUUAAUUUUGUGAUUGAGUAACAGUUAUAAGAAAUAUAAAAUUUACUAUUAAAUGUUAUUCUACAAGCUA